AAUUGUUCCCAGGCGCUGGAACUAAGGGUUGAGAGGGUCAUGAUGGAAGAGCAUCAUGAGCCUAUAUAAAUGAACAGAGUAUGAUAAAGUAGUCUCCGUGGGGCUCGUUUUUACUUGUGGUACUAGGGCCCGAAUCUCCGAGGCAUGAGGAGCAGUUCGGCAUGCGGACGAAAGUGGCGAUGUGGAAAGUUCGUAGCGGCGCUCUUGUGACGCAAUUCCAGUGGUAGUGGCUGCCGACUGACUGUGGCUGUUGUGUGGCGUCGAGGUCCGUGCGCAAAAUUUCCAUUUCGAAGUUCCCUAUCUCAGACACUUCCCCUUUCCUUACGGCUCAGGAAUUCGCACCCUUCAGCCAUGAAUUGUGCCAACUGCGCGCGGACUACGCUGCGCUUGUUCAUUAGAUCGUUGACGAGAGCUGACCCCAUUUUACCUCCUCGCCUCCCGCUCCCGCAUCGAACCCAUGUCGCACACUUUUCCACCUCUCCGCGUUGCAAGAAGCUUCCCACAGAAGCAAAAGCCGAAAAGUUGAAUGAGAAAGAUCAAGCGAAGAAGGCCACGGAAAGCGAGAAGAAGAAAAAGGAGCCGGAGCCAUGGCAGGUUCACAAAGCAGCAAUAAAGAAGAAGCUGAACGGCGAAGCCUGGAACCCGCGGAAGAAGCUCUCUCCUGAUACGAUGGAAGGCAUCCGGCACCUGCACCAGACCCAGCCGCAAAAGUUCACGACCCCUGUGCUAGCGCAAUACUUCAAAGUCUCUCCCGAAGCGAUCCGCCGAAUACUGAAGAGCAAGUGGAGGCCCAGCGAUGAAGAGGCGGAGGAGAGGCUCAGGAGAUGGGACAAGCGUGGAGAACGGAUAUGGUCCAAUCUCGUGGAGAUGGGGGUGAAGCCACCUAAGAAAUGGCGAGAGAUGGGCGUGGGGAAAGCCCAACCGGGACAGAAGCCAAGGUGGAAAACCGGGCGGAGGAAUAUGGUUCCUGUAAACGACAAUAUAAGGCGCGAACGCGAGAUUUUCAAGGACGACCUGAUCCCGAUUGUCGAUGGAAGAACUGGGGCGCCUAUCUCCCCGAGGCACACUACCAUGGCGGAUCGGCUGCUGUGA